AUGUCAUACGAGGACCAUAUGGAGACCACCGCCACUGUUAUAACAGUGGAGAGGAAGUCUUCUGGAUGGAAGGCAAUUUUACUUAUCAUUGGUACGGAGGCUUUUGAGAGGAUAGCCACUCUUUCCGUAGGCUUGAACUUGGAGUUAUUUUUACUCACCAAGUACAACAUGGAAGAGGAUAAGGCAAGAAGAUGGAUCAGCACUUUCACCAUCCUGGUCGGUUUUGCACCAGUCCUCGGAGCGACUAUCUCGGACUCCUUUAUAGGUCGUUUCAGGACCAUCAUAUUAGGAUCUACUUUCACGCUAUUGUAUAGGAAAUGUAGGUUUCUGAAUAAAGGUGCCAUAAUUGGAGACGGGUUCGAUGGAAGGAGAACAAACAAGUGGACAUUAAGAAGUAUUGACGAGAUCGAGCAAGUUAAAAGAUUGAUUCGGAUUCUUCCAAUUUUCCUGACCACAGUCUUUUUCUUUGUCCCAACUUUAGUUCACAACAAUUAUAUGGUGGUUCAAGUACAUACGAUGAACCACCACCAAAUUCCAUUCACAAUUCUCCUUUUAGUUCUGAACAGCAUUCCUGUGAUCACAGUUUCGCUGUCGAUCAUCUUUUAUGAAUGGGUUGCUGUUCAUAUUUUUAGUAGGCUGACCCGCGUCACACUCCUCCGUAGGAUUGGGGUCAGAUUUUCAUUCCUCUUUUUAUCGAUGGUGGUGGCAGCCAUAGUUGAGGGUGUCUCACGUGCAGCACAUGGAGCGACUGGAGGGAUUUCUGUCUUUUGGCUCACUCCCCAGCUGAUAUUUGUGGGCAUCGCCAAUGCCGUUGGAGUAAUUGGCCAAAUUACUUUUUUUCAUGAGGAAUGCCCGUAA